CGACAAAAAUGACUGAUUUCUCAAUGAACGAUAUCUUGAGAUCGUUUAGAAAAAUGCGCAUGAACAAGAGCACCGGUCAGGGCGGACACCACCAGUAUCAUCAUCCCCAGCAGCGGCAGCAGCAGCAGAAUCAUCCUCAGAAUAUCCAGGCCUAUCAGCACACCUAUCCCGUGCAACAGUCCAAGGAUUUGAAGAAAAUCAUCAAAAUCAUUAAGAAGAAUCUGAUCAAAGAGAAAAUCACUCGGCAAAUGAAGAUUCUUGUUUAA